AUGCGUUCUUCCCUCGUUAUGCUUGCCGGUUUGGCAAGCUCCGCUCUCGCUUAUCCCACAGACGUGGCUGCCGAACGCCGGACGUUCGGACUCGUCUCUGAGCUUCUCGGUGGUGCUACCCACGAUGUCGUCUCCAUCCUUGAGGAUGUCCUCGGUGGCCACUCCUUCCACAAGGGCUCCGCCAGCCUUCUCGGUGGACUAAAUGCUCAGGGUGCUGCGGCUCUUGAGGGUGGUGCUCUGGGAUGCAGUCACGCUAACAUCCACGCCUCUGCUCGUGCUCACUUGAAGACCUGGUUGUCUGGUAGCGUGAGUAUCUCCGGCUCUCUCAAGACCUCUCUUCUCGCCUGGUGUGAGGGUGAGGUUGACGUUCUUGCCACCGAUGUCAUCGCCGCUCUGGCUGUGUACAUUCCCUCCUGCGCUGAGCUUUGCGCCAAGGAGUCUCUCUACGUUACCAUUGACGGCAUCUUCUCCGCUGCUGAGCUUGCUACCGACCUCGUCCUGAGUGCUUCCGCUCAGCUUUCCCUCGGUGCCUGGAUCGACAUUGCUGUUGGCCUGGACGCUGACAUCAAGGCUGGCCUCAGCGUUUGCGCUGGUGGUGGUCUGAUCACCAGCUUGGAUGCUGGUGUCAAGGCGAAGCUGCUCGCCUGGAUCACUGGCGGUAGCUGCUCUCUCGAUGCCAGCCUCAAGGCUUCCGUCCUUGCCUGGCUCCACGGCCGUCACGGUGGUGACCUUGUUGCCAUUGGUGAGCUUGGUGUUGAUGCUCUCAACACCAUCUCCGUCGGUGCUUCCGUGGGUGUCUUCGUUGGUGAGGGAGGUGCUCUCUCCGUUCACGCCCAGGCUAUGCUCGCCGCUUUCCUCGACACUAGCAUCGCCGCUGACAUCGAUGCUGAUAUCCUCCUCGGCCUUCAGGCUUGCGCCAAGGGCGACCUCGCUACUGCUAUCGAACUUGACGUCCGCACUAAGCUCGCUGUCUGGCUCUCUGGCUCGAGCUGCUCUCUCGGUGUUGAACUCAAGGCCGUUGUUCUGCUCUGGCUGUCUCUUGGUGCCACCGCUGAUGUUUCCCUUGACCUUGUUUCUGGCCUCUUCGUUGAUAUCACCGAGUUCCUGAGCGUGACUGUCAUUGAUCUCCUCUCCGUCAACCUCCGUGGUGCCCUGUCUCUCCUUGCCUGCGGUGAGAGCCUUGACCUGCUGUCGUUCGAGGCUCGUGCCGAGCUUGCUGCCUUCCUGUCUGGCUGCACCUCCAUCGACAUUGGCGUUGACGUUGAGCUCAUCAUCUUCGAGUGGUUCACUGGCUGCAGCAUGCCUGGUGCCCCUGCUGCUUCUAGCUCCGCUCCCAGCCUGCCUUCCGCCACUGCCAGCAUUAUCUCCAGCGUUCCCUUGCCCUCCGGUGUUGCUCCUACUGGCUCUGCCUCCGUCCCCAGCGGUUCCGUCCCUGGUGGCGUUAUCCCCACUGGUGGCUCUGCUCCUUCCGGAUCCUCGCCCGCUGGCACUAUUCCCUCUGGCACUGUCCCCGCUGGCGGCUCUGUUCCUUCCGGCACUAGCCCUACUGGCUCUGUUCCCGCUGGUGGCUCUAUUCCUUCCGGCUCCUCGCCCGCUGGUACUGUUCCCUCUGGCACUGUCCCCACUGGUGGCUCUGGCUCUACCGGCUCUGGCUCUACUGGCUCUGGCUCUACCGGCUCUGGCUCUACCGGCUCUGGCUCUGGCUCUACCGGCUCUGGCUCUACCGGCUCUGGCUCUGGCUCUACUGGCUCUGGCUCUGGCUCUACUGGCUCUACCGGCUCUGGCUCUGGCUCUACCGGCUCUGGCUCUACCGGCUCUGGCUCUACCGGCUCUGGCUCUACCGGCUCUGGCUCUGGCUCUACCGGCUCUGGUUCUGGCUCUACCGGCUCUGGCUCGUCUGGCUCUGGCUCGUCUGGCUCCGGCUCGUCUGGCUCUGGCUCGUCUGGCUCUGGCUCGUCUGGCUCUGGCUCGUCUGGCUCUGGCUCGUCUGGCUCCGGCUCCGGCUCUGCUGAGACUACCACUCCCUGUGAGACUGAAACCAGCACCUGGGUUACCUCUACUGUCAUCUCUGGUACUCCCUCUCCCGUUACCGUCACUGGCGUCGUCCCCGCUGGAACUGUUACCGUUGGUGGCUCCGGCUCCUCCCCGGCCACCAUCACUGAGACCAGCGUCUACACUACCCACACCGUGGUCUCUGGCACCACCUCCACUAUCACUAUCACUGAUAUCAUCGGCGGCUCGGUCCCUACUGGCGCUGCCACUACCUUCUGGGAGACUGAGAGCGUCUGGGUGACUUCCACUGUCAUCUCUGGCUACACCAGCACUAUCACCGUCACUGGUGGUUCCGUCCCCGCUGCUACUGGCUCUAGCUCCACUGGCUCUGGCUCUGGCUCCGGCUCUGGCUCCUCUGGAUCUACUGGCUCCGGCUCUGGCUCCUCUGGAUCUACUGGCUCCGGCUCUGGCUCCUCUGGAUCUACUGGCUCCGGCUCCUCUGGAUCUACUGGCUCCGGCUCCUCUGGAUCUACUGGCUCCGGCUCCGGCUCCUCUGGAUCUACUGGCUCCGGCUCCGGCUCCUCUGGAUCUGCUGGCUCCGGCUCUGGCUCCUCUGGAUCUACUGGCUCUGGCUCUGGCUCCGGCUCUGGCUCUGGUGUGGUUCCCUCCGGCUCAUCUCCUGUCGAGUCCGGCCGCCCCUGUGAGACCAUGACUGUGCCCUACGUGACCUCCACUGUCAUCUCCGGCACCACCAUUCCCGUCACUGUCGCCCCUACCGGUACCCCCGGCAACGGUGUGUCCCCCGUCGACACCAGCUCUGCCCCCGCCCCCGCUGUGACCAGCGCCCCUGCUGUUCCCUUCAGCGGCUCUGUCACUACCACUGAGACCCAGACUGUUACUGUCACCGCCACCGUCUGCGGCUGCGAGUAA